AUGGCGACCUCGAUCCCCAAGACCAUGAAGGGCGUCUUGAUGGAGAAGACAGGCGGCGUGGAAGUGCUGCAGUAUAAAACCGACUUGCCAGUCCCUACGCCCAAAGCCGGGGAGGUGCUGGUGAAGAACGAUUUCAUCGGUGUAAACUACAUCGACACCUAUUUCCGCACCGGCCUCUAUCCCUCCGCGAACCCGCAAAUCCUCGGCCGCGAAGCAGAGGGCCACAUCGUGUCCCUCGGGCCCUCAGGUGAUCUCCAGGACUUCAAGGUCGGCGACCGCGUCGUCUGGCUCGGUACCUCCGCCUACGCGGAAUACACCUGCGCCCCGGCCUCCAAAACACACCUGAUCCCCUCCUCCAUCGCCCCCGGCAUCGCGACCGCGUCCCUACUCCAGGGCCUGACGGCUCUGACUCUGAUCCGGGAAGCGUACCUCGUCCAGAAAGGGGACUGGGUGCUCGUACACGCGGCCGCGGGCGGCGUCGGGCUGUGGCUGUGCCAGCUCCUGAAGGCCGUCGGCGCGAGGACGAUCGGGACAGCGAGCACGGCGGAGAAGAUCGAGCUGGCGAAGGCCAACGGCGCGGAGUUCAUGCUGAACUACAAGGAGGAGAAGGAUCUGGUGGGGAAGGUGAGAGAGAUCACCGGCGGGGAGGGCGUCAGGGUUGUGUACGACAGUACGGGGAAGGAUCAGUUUGAGAAUGAUCUGGAGGUUGUCGCGAGGAAGGGGACCGUGGUCUCCUACGGCAACUCGUCCGGCGCCGUGCCCCCAUUCGCCAUCAGCAAGCUGUCCGGCAAGAACGUCGCCGUAUUGAGGCCAACGGUGUUCAACUACAUCCACACGCGCGAGGAGUACGAGAAGUACACUGCGGAGCUGUUUGACUUCAUUGCCAAGUAUGGAAUGAAUGUCCGGGUGCACGAGACGUAUCCGCUGGAGGAGGUAGCGCGAGCGCAUACGGAUCUGGAAGGGAGGAAGACGACGGGAAAGUUGUUGUUGAGGCCGUAG